AGUUGACGCUGGACGACCUCUAGUGUUCAUUUACCUGUCCGCGAGACCAAAUCGCGCUAGAUCUUAAAGCAAUUUCGCGCGUUGAAUUGAUAAGACUGCCUGCAACUUAAUCAAAGCAUCCACAUCCAGAAAAUGUCGUCCUUCCUCAACGGUCGUACAUCUCGAGUUCAAGUUCAAUGGCAAUCGAUAGUGGUCGUGAUUUGUGCCAGCCUAUUGGCCAGCGUGAGUGCAACAAGCAGAUGGGCCAGUUUGGUCCGAGCCGUUCGAAAUGCUUCCACACCGAUCGAUUUGGAAGCAUUUCCGGGCGAGCUGUGCAUGAGAAGCUGUGAGGAUACUCAACCUCGCGUUUGCUACUUCAAGUGGGUGCUCGAGCAUUACCACUCGAUGGGACCCGCCUGUAAACGAUGCGCAGACGGAGUUCACAGCGAUUGCUAUCUGCCGGCGUGUCUUACAGCGGAUGGUUUCGAGCGAGGAGUGAUGUCCAUCAACCGUCAAGUACCAGGCCCAGCGAUUCAAGUCUGCAAAGAUGAUCUCAUAGUGGUGGACAUGACAAAUGCCAUGGGUGGAACGGCCACAGCCAUGCACUGGCAUGGGCUGCAUCAGAGGGACACUCCGCACAUGGACGGGGUCCCAUUCGUAACGCAGUGCCCCAUUGAGUUCAUGAGUACCUUUCGGUAUGCUUUUUGGGCGACUGAGCCUGGCACACAGUUCUAUCAUUCGCACGCUGGACAUCACAAAGUGAAUGGACACUACGGGGCCAUGAUCAUUCGACAGCCGGAAGUGAACGAUCCCAACGCGAAACUGUACGAUUUUGAUCUUCCGGAGCAUUUGAUUGUGGCAUCCGAUUGGAUGCACGUGGACGGAGAAAUGUACAUGCCGGGUCUUCCCAACGGCGAUGGCAUCCUUCCGGUGAAUCUCCUAAUCAAUGGACGAGGCACGUGGCUGAAACACAACGGAAACAGGACGAACGCUCCACGGGAGGUGUAUCGAGUGCGCAAGGGUGGCCGGUAUCGGUUCCGUUUCAUCAAUGCCGCCAGUCACGUAUGCCCCCUAGAGCUGCAGAUCGCUAAUCACACACUUGAGAUCAUCGCCAGCGAUUCGUACAAUUUGCAGCCCAUCAGUGCCAAUACACUUGUGACGACGUCUGGCGAACGGUACGACUUUGUCGUGAAUGCAGACCAACCCACCGAUGACUAUUGGAUCCGUCUACGGGCGAUAGGGCCAUGCGACUACAGGCAAAUCAGCCAGGUUGCCGUUCUGUCGUACCAACCGAUGAGCGUCCCUGAGGAGGACAUUGCUUUCACGGACAAAGAGAUUCCCCAUUAUCAGGAUCAGCUGUUUUUGAACGAUGUGUAUGUAAAUCACCCAAACACAACUUGUGGAGUCUCGAAACCAGACGUUUGCAUCACGGAUUUCCAAGCGUAUGAGACCGAUGAUGACGUCAUCAACGGUGUUCCGGAUAUGCAAUUUAUUCUAGGAUUUGAAAAUUACCCGAUGAAAUUCGAAGACGCUUUCGGCAUGGGCAGUCACGAGCAUUUCAUGAACAUUCACGACGACAUCGUCCUCCAGGGGGCCAUCAACAACAUCAGCUUCACAUAUCCCCCGUUUUCGCUGCUCACCCAAACGGAUCUCAUCACCGAGGGCAUGUUCUGCGACGAAGAUAGCUGGCCGGAGCGUUGCCAAACCCGCGAUCACUGCACCUGUAUCCACCGGUUGAAAAUUCCUCUGCACGCCUUAGUCGAAUUGUAUAUUCUCGAUUUGACGCCGGAAGUGAACGAUCUGAAUCAUCCCUUCCACUUGCAUGGCUACCAAAUGUACGUCAUGGAGAUGGGACAGGACCGGUCAACGCCCAUCACGAUGGAACGAGCCCAAAAGAUUGCUCGGAGGCAGUCUCUCCACCGGACACGAGUAACAACUAUGCCCCCCAAGAAGGACACCGUAUCGGUUCCGAGCAAGGGCUACACCCGGGUUCGAUUCGUUGCGGACAAUCCCGGAUUCUGGCUGAUGCACUGCCACUACGAGUGGCAUACGGCCGUUGGAAUGGUGCUGGUGCUGCAGGUCGGUGAACCGGGCAGCUUCGUCAAACCACCGGCCGGAUUUCCCACGUGCAACAAAUAUACGCCAGAUGUGGACGCGUCGCUUUUUGAUGCGUGAUUUUGGCGUUGUUAUUUAUUGGUUAUUUAUUGGUGUAAGGAUCUGAGAUUAAAUUCUAGUCAUUUGUUGCGAACGAUGUUUUUGUACGAAUGUACAGAAAUUUUAGACAAAGUAGAAAUCGAAUGUUUGUGUUGAGAAAACUGCUGGUUUUGUUUUCGGGUUUAAUAAAUAAAAUGAUUUGAAAUAUA